AUGUUCCAAUUAAAUCAAGACAUACUUUUACAAAUAUUUACGGCGAUUCCUGAUGAGAAAUCAUUGUUUAAUUGUUUACUUGUUUGUCGUGAAUAUUGUCGAUGCGUUGUUCGAAUAUUGUGGCAGAAACCAUUAGAUGGAAUCCCGAGUGCACGACUCUUUCGAACAUAUUUAGCUUGUUUACCGAAAGAAUCUUUACAAUAUUUACGAGAUAACGGCAUCAAUAUUGAUCCGUCAAUAUCUGCGGCUUGUUUUGAUUAUAUUUCUUUUGCGAAACAUAUUGAUACAUUAAAUCUCGAGAUAUCGGCGUUAAAAUGGUGUUCUCCCAUUUGGAAUUCUAAUAAUAAUGACGCACUUCAAAUAUGGAAUAUGCACAGUAGUGAGCAACAACAAAAAGCUCUUCUUAUGGUGCAUGAAUUAUAUAAAUGUUUUCUUGAUUUCAAUCGCUGCAAAAAUCUGCUUAGUUUAAAAGUAGAGAUUGGAACUACCGGCAUAAAAAGAGUACAAGAACCACCCUUAUUCAAAGUAAAUUUCGUCUUUCCUUGUGCAAAUAGUGACAAUAAUGCGUUAGCACGCCUCAAACGAGUUAUUCUACGCGGUAAUUUUGAUAAGACAAGUGUUCUUCAAAGAUUAACUAUGAAAUCUCGAGACAUCGAAUUUCUAGCACUUGAUUGUUUAGAAAUGGAUGUGCCAGAAAAAGAAGCGGUGGAAUCAAUAAAGUUAAUACAAAUGCAAAGAAACUUAAUACAUCUCAGAAUCUCCCAUCAUAAUACUUCUUUCACAAGAAUCAUGGCAGCGUUGGCUUCUCAAAAACAUUCAUUAGCUAGUCUUGAGUUGCAUUGGGCCAAUUUUGGGACCUUUAGUGAUACUGCAAUCGAAGGGUUAAUUGAAUGUGUAAAUUUAAAAGCUUUAACAUUAAAAGGUUCUCAUAAUGGAGAGCCACAAAUUUCAUCAAAACUUUCGACUGUAUUUGCUCGACUGCAAUCUCUGCAUUUCGCCGAAUCAAAUACAACUUUAGGAUCCGACUUUAUUGCUAGUUGUCUCAGAACAGCUGGAAAAAAAUUAUGUUACUUGAAAUUUGACAAAUCAAUGAACUUUCGAGGAAACGCUAGAGCAACGAUUACCCAAACAAUAUCGCAAUCGUGUCCAAAUCUUGAGUUUUUAGAGAUUACGGAACUAGAUAAUAACGAUGUCGCAUCAAUUUUAUGCUCAUGCAAAAAGCUCGUCGACUUGAUUUUCACCCGUCUUGAUCCCUUUGACGACCGUGCAUUUCUAGAACUUGGACCAAAGUUUCCACCAGAUCUUCAAUAUAUUAAAGUCGACAAAGUAUUUCGUAAUCAGAACUUAGAUUACUCUUUAUUCAUAAAUUUCCUCAGCAACGUCGGACCAAAUUUUAAAUGCUUCGAUUGGGUUCAUGACCGACAGACAAAAUUAUACCCACGAGAGACUCAUCUUGUACCGUCAAAAAGCAUUAACACUGGCAAAGUCGAGAUGUUUGAAAAAUGUAAAGAAAAAUCAAUCGAUGAGAUUGUCGAAUCAGAAUUUUUUGGAUUUCUUUCGCAUUACCCGCCAAAUAGAUCACAUGAAAUUAUGACCAAAUUUCAACCUAAGGAGGAUAGCAUUUAUGACUAA